AUGUCAUCAGCAUUUGGGAACAGAGGCUCAGACCAAUCCUAUUCUAAGGAUUUGUUUGGUAGCUCUUAUCAGAAUAAUUUUGAUAUUUUCAAAAAUCAAGAUAAUCAACAAUCAAGAUUCUCAUCUUUAAAAGCUCGUACUUUGGAUUCUGCAGAUAGAUCUAGUGAUGAUAUCAAUAACAGCGCCAAUACAAGCACAUCACAAGCAUACUCACCAAAUAGAAGAAUUCCAUCUCGUAAUCAAUCUUUUGAUUUGAGCUUUGAUUCACCAAACCCUUCUUUAGCUGUGAUUAACCAAAAGACAAAUGCUGCUCAACAACAAACCCAACCUCUCUGGUUCAAUAAUCCAAGAAGAAGGGCCAUCCCGUCACAUGCAGUGAAAAGAGAAACCAUUAGUGAUAUUGAUAAUGAAUCAACUUCUUUCUUAAAUAAAAACAAACAGAGCUCAAAUUCAAAUCCAGGUUUUAAAACUUUAACUUUUGGUACUAGAAGAAACACUGCUCAAUUAGCUCAUGUUCAAGCAUUUUCAGAUGAGUUACCACCUUCAAGAACAAUUUCUGAUUUGAAAAGAGAUGAUUUAUCAGAGGGUCAUCUGUCAUUUGCAAAUGAUACAACUAAUGGUAACGCAAGUUUGAUUUCAAAUAAUCAUAACGCUUUCAAAGAUUCAAACAAAAGCAUUUCACUGAGUAAUAGUGGGACACCAUUGAAAUAUUCACAAAAUUUCUUACCUUCACAUCUAAGUGAUUCUGCAUUUUCAACGCCUUCAAAAUCUUUAGAUAGUCCACAAGCAAUAAGUUCAAGCCCUUUAAGAACUGAUUCUGAAUCAGCUGUUUUGGUUUUCGGUUACCCCGAAUCCAUCGCUAACUCAGUUAUUAAACAUUUUGCUAAAUUUGGUAAAAUCUUAGAAGAUUUUGAAGUCACAAGAGUUGAUCCUUUGUUUACACAACAAAAAACCAAAACUUAUCCAAUUUAUACUGGUGAUGGUUGGGUUAAAUUGACAUAUGAUAAUAAGGCAUCUGCUAUGAGAGCUCUGGAAGAAAGUGGUACCGUUUUCCAUGGUUCAAUGAUUGGCUGUGUUCCAUAUUCCAAACAAGCUAUUGAAAAUAUAGCAUCAAUCUCAAUUAAUAAUAAUGAUAAUAUUGGUGAAAGUGAUCUUGUUCAACAGAAACAGAACACAAUGCAAGUUGAUGGAUUACCAAACUAUUCGAACAACCUACAACAAAGAAUUCAAGCUAAGAAUGAUGAUCAAAUCUUUGUUAAACCUACAACAAAAGAUACAAAAGGCAUUUAUUCUAAAAGAAGAGAAAUCAAACCUGAUGGAAAUGACAAUCUUAACAUUCUAAGUAAAGUUAGUAAUUGGUUCUUUGGCUGGGAAGAUCUUUAA